AAGUUAAGUGACUGAUACUGAAUUAAGCUAAUGCUAGCGUGUGUCGGGUAAAGUAUUUUUUUAUUUCAGACAUUAGUAGCCUAAUAUAUCAGUAAGAUGCUGAAAAUUAUGUUGAUCAUGUGUGUGUUAUUGAAGCAGCAGCUCCGGGGCUGAUCUGCCAUUCCUCGAGUGAAAAUAACUAAAAGGAAUUCUAUCUAAUUGUGUUUAAUCUCGUGGUUUGUUCAGAUGGAUCCUGUUGGAGCCGUGAAGCCCAAAAAGAAGAAAACAACCGAAUCCUCCAAAACCUCCAAGGCUCUAGGUGCUGCUGUCCAGACUGGGAGGAUAAAAAUAAUGGAAAUUAAAAAGUCCAAUAAACGGAACACUCACCUUGAGGUAGAGUUCAACGACCGGAGGCAGACGGUUUAUGUGACAACUCGACUUCUGGCAAAUGUGUUUGGGAUCAAAGUGGAAGAUGAUGUAGAAAGAAGACUCCGCUAUCUAAUGCCGCUCACAGCAGAAGCAACAUUACAAGGAAAUAAAAUGAUAUACAUUAGGGUUAACCCUAACCUGGAGACAAGCGAAUGUGCGAGUACGUCAGGAUUAGUAGCUGAGAAACAACAACCUGACACUGAUCAACAGAAGAGCAGCCAACCUGACGAGCGCGACGGUCUGACAUUUUACUCCAUUAAAGAAGUCAAGUCAUUUCCUGACAAGACAGAAGUGAGUGUCGAAGGAAAAGUUACAAAGGUGAGUUUAAACCAGAGAAGUUACUUACAAGCUACGAGAUGACUCGUGACCAUAAAACAUUUGACGAGGACAGGGGGGAAAGGAACAUUUUUUAUAUUUUCUUAAACAGAGUGGUCAACUUACAAUCCAAAUGCAGUAACACAGUUACUGUUUCCAUUUUCAUAAAGAACAUUAUAUACACAAACAAAUCUGUUAUAGUCACAUCCCCUGUCCCUCCAUCCAACCCUUCCCACCCACAUGAAACUGGUAGCCAGAUAUACAAUAGUUAAACAAAAAAUAAUUAUCAUAAUUAUAACAAUAAUAAAUUAAAUUGGAAAAAAACUAAAUAAUAAUAAUAAAAAUAGAAAUAGAAAGGAAUUAAUCAUCUCUAGGAAUGGUUUAGUGGUUGUUGACACCCAGGACACCAGAGGGCCAGAUUGAUGGGAUCCAUUAGCGAGCAAGAGUCACUAGAGCUCAGAUGCACCUGUAAUAUAUCCCUUCGUACGGCGUUGUAUGGCGGGCAGACAGUGUAGCAUAGCCACGUGGGUAGCAGGCCAUGACAGUUUG